GAGUUUACUUUCACACUCAGGCAUCAAGCAGGGAGUUUGAAUCGAGUAGCAGAUGCAUUGAGCCGUCACACAUUACUCCUCACCACCAUGAGCACCAAGAUUGUCGGAUUUGAGGCAUUUCCUGAUAUGUAUGCUGCGGACCCUUCAUUUGGGAAGAUAAUUCGGGAGUUAUGCAUUUCGGAUUGUUCACUAAGGCAGCAGAUUAUUAGUGAACUUCAUAACGAAGGACAUUUUAGGCGAGACAAGACAUUGCGGUCUAAAGGGGCUCUUACUAAUGUUGGAUUGUACACACCAUUACUCGUACCUGAAGCUCCUUGGUUUGAUGUCAGUAUGGAUUUUGUCUUGGGCUUACGUCGUACACAGCAGGCAAUGGAUUCCAUUCUUGUUGUGUCAAUUACUUCUGACCGUGACACUAAGUUUAUUAGUCAUUUCUGGAGGAGUUUGUGGGAGAAACUUGGAACGAAAUUGAAUUUUAGCAGCGCGUACCAUCCCCAAAAGGAUGGUCAGACUGAGGUGGUGAAUCGAAGUUUGGAAAAUCUUUUGAGAAGCUUAGCCGGGACUAAACCGAAGUAG